UCUUAUCACUGGCUACUCAGCUUCUGACGUCCACAGAGGGCUGCUCUUUAAUUUGGGGAACAGCCACCUGCUAUUCUUAUAACUCAGCCUUGUCGGACGGCAUUUGAGGGAUAGAUUCAUGACCUCCAUCUGCGACUCUUCCUCUGCCUGUACUAUGGUUCUUCUCAGCGUUCUUGUUGCGCUUGUAUGAAGCAGAUCCAGUAGGGUUUUUUUUUUCCGGUAAUUGCGAGCGCCUCAACGCCAAUCAUGAGCUCCAGCCUGGUCAACUCCUUAGCCAAAGUGUACGACCCCAACCCGCUUCAUGGUCAGAAGCAUUUUGCCAGGAAGUUCUCCCUGAAUGGAUCGGACCAGUCUCCGGCCUCGUCCUCUUUCUUCUCUCACCACGACGCAUCCCUGCGCUGCAUGGAGAGCAGGAUCGACUCGCUCAGCUCCCAGAUGGAGCGUCUGCUCGCCAUGCAGCAGACCGUCCUGACCCGGCUGGACGGCCUGUCCCAGGACGUGAGCUGCAUGAGCCGGGCCAUGGCCUCCUCCCACGAAGGGCGACGCGGCUCGGGGAUCGAGGUGAUUUGCAGGGAGCUGCGUGGGGCCGUGGAGCGCAUAGAGGGUCAGGGGCGCCGGCUGGAAGGGGUGGAGAAGCUGGUGGAGGGAACCCAGCAGGUGAUCAGCUUCAUUGGGGAGGCGGUGAAGAGCUCCAGGCUGGUGGAGCUUUUAUUCAAACAGCCGGGAGGCAAAACCGGCAGGAAGGCAAAAGAUGACAAGGACAAAGCCAAGCAGGGCGUGAAGGGUGGGAAAUCCCAGAAGAAAAGGAAACCUCAGGAUUUGUCAGAUUGCUCCUCUUUGAGUGAGUCGGCGCUGAAGGAGCAGAUUGAAAAGCUCAACAGGGAGAACGCCGAGCAUUGCCAUGGGAACGCGGAGGCCGGCGUCCAGAGCUGGGAAGCUGCAGGGAGCGAUGGGGAGAGACGGGAGGAGCCGGCAGGGCUGAUCCUGGACAGGUCACACGCUCCUGCCAGGGAGAGUAAGGAAGGCAAGGACAAGGAGGACGAGGGGGAUGUGUUCGACGACACAGACCCAGAGGAAGAGGAGCAACGGGCGGAGGACGACGGUGAAGAAAAGGGCAAAAAGGGGGCGGACGAUGUAAAGAAAAGGCUUGAGGGAGAAUCACAGGAGUCAUCAAUUUCAGACAUGAGCAAAGCAUCCCAGGAGAGCUGUGAAGACUCUGGAGACGGGGCCGGCGCGGGCAAACGCCGCGUCACUGAAGAGGACCUGGUGAAGGACGACCUGAAAAAGAGUCGAGUGGAGGACAGCGCAGUGGAGAGCGCCGGCGGGCAGGCGGAGCAGGGCCCCCAAUCUGACGAGGCAAAGGAGGAAGCUAUAGAAGCUGGGGAGUCUGCGGUGAAAGAAUUCACGAUUGAUGCAGGCCCUCCCCCCACCGCUCCCUUCGAUCACCGCAUCGUGACUCCCAAACCCCAUCAGAUAGCCACCUAUUACACCAUAAACAGGGAUGAAGUUCUGGGCGGGGGACGUUUUGGACAAGUCUACAAGUGCCUGGAGAACUCAUCUGGACUGACUCUGGCCGCUAAAAUCAUCAAAGCAAAGAGCCAAAAAGAGAAGGAGGUGGUGAGGAACGAGAUCCAGGUGAUGAACCAGCUGAACCACGCCAACCUCAUCCAGCUCUACGCCGCCUUCGAGUCGCGGAACGACAUCAUCCUGGUCAUGGAAUAUGUGGAGGGAGGAGAGCUGUUUGAUCGCAUCAUAGAUGAAAACUACAACCUGACCGAGCUGGACACGGUGCUGUUUAUUCGUCAGAUCUGUGAAGGGCUGCAGUACAUGCACAAAAACUACAUCCUGCAUCUUGAUCUCAAGCCAGAAAAUAUUCUUUGCGUCAGCAGAGCUACAAACAAGAUCAAAAUCAUUGACUUUGGGCUGGCGAGGAGGUAUAAACCCAGAGAAAAGCUGAGAGUCAACUUUGGGACGCCUGAAUUCCUCGCCCCCGAAGUCAUCAAUUACGAGUUUGUUUCAUUCCCAACAGACAUGUGGAGUCUUGGAGUCAUCACGUACAUGCUGCUCAGUGGCUUGUCUCCGUUCCUGGGGGACGACGACAACGAGACGCUCAACAACAUUCUGGCCUGUCAGUGGAACUUCGAGGAGGAAGAGUUUGGGGACAUUUCCGACGAGGCCAAAGACUUUAUAACCCGUCUGCUGGUGAAGAGCAAGAGCUGGAGGAUGAGCGCAACAGAGUCCCUCAGACACGGCUGGCUGUCAGACCCAAGCUUGCAUUAUCGACUAAAUCAGAAGAAAACCAAGUGCCACUCCUCACAUGCUCCACCACCAGAGAGCUAAACAGGAACAGCCAAGUCCUCGGUUUGCCUUGUGACACUGUCUGGCCCUGGGGCCCCAACACUGGACCAAUACUGUUGCACCUGUAGAACCACUGGAUUAUUAUUCUCUGCUUCACAUCCUUACCUUUGCAUAGCUGCACAUUGUGUAGGUCUGACCUGGAAAAAAAAAACAUUUUAAAAGCUGCCUGUACAAAGCGCAAAGUUAUUUAAAAAAAAUAAUAAUAAUAAUAAUAACUUUGCCUGAACCAGUGAGGACUUUCUUGCCUAGUACUGAUGCUGCCAAACUAAAACGCUGCAAUAUGUGUCACUUUGAUACUUUCCAAAUGCGCCAAUGAAAAACUGUUCUUUCAGCACAGUUUAGCAGUCACGUUUUCAUUUUGCGUGCUUUUGCAUACGUUGCACACUUCUUUGCCUUUUUUUUAAUCCAAGAUUUAGCAAACAAAUUUUAAUAAAAAAAAUUUUUCUUUAAGUAAAUCCACUUACAUUUUCUUUCUUUUGUAAGUCUUAUAAUAAUGGAAUUUACUCCAAGAUAAUUUGAAAUCUGACUCCAUUAAUUUUUAUUGUAAAUAUAAAAUGACAGCAUUGCAUCGAUCUCCCUAAGACAUUAGAAAAUCUCGGAGGUGAUGCCCCGCUUCAAACACCCGCUGUGUAUGUCACUCAUCCCACCUGCUUGUUUGGCUUCGGCAGUUUGGAGUACCCCGCUCACCUUCCAUGAAGGCAUAACGAACAACACGUUGCUACCUAUGACUUAUACUUGUUUAUGACUGAAGUGGGAUUCUUAUGUUCAUUUAUUUACUGGUUCAGCACCAGAUGGUACUUGAAGUGCUACUGUUUUCUUCAACAUGUGAUGUUUCUAUUUCAGAGGACACAAACGUGGUUUUAACGUAGUCAUGCACACGCAUUUAUAGGUUAAAUGCACAGCUCGGUGUGAUAGAGAGACAAGACGCUCGGCUGUUAGAUGAUUUAUUUAGAAUUGAAGAGCUUUGUGUUUUGAGUAUUUGUUUAUUUGAAUUUGUGAUACCUUUUUUCAAGUUUUCUUGCAAAAUGUUGAGAUUUAAAUACAAUGAAUGUAGGACAUUGAUAUGUUAAUAAAUGGUGCACCAAAGAAACUGA